CCCACUCACCAAAUCCCCAUCGGGAUCCCUCCCGAUUCACCUGCCCAACCAGAGCACUCCCCUGCCUUCCCGAUCCACCCAUCGAUCCACCCCCCACCGAGCUCCACCUCGUUUUCCCCACCGGACCAAUCCAUCGAUCCAGCGCCUCCCUGUUCUCUCCAUUGCCUCCUCCCCGCGUCCAGCUGCUGAGCCCAUCUGGAUGCCGCCACUGCUCCUGUCCCUGAGCCACUGGAGCACCGCCCCGCUUCUACCUCCCCGUUCGAACGCCCAUGGCCUUGUGCCCCUGCUGUCCUAGCAACAGCAGCAACAACCUCGCCGGAGUCGCCACCGGGGCUUCAGCCAUGCCCGUGCCCUCCUCCACACGUUGCCCCGCCGGGCCUCUCCUGCAGCCGAGUCCCUCUCCCCGGCGCCCGCGUCGCCAAGUACCUCGACCAGCCGGAGCCUUUUCCAGCCUCGCGCGCCCGAGCCCCCGAGCUCCUCUGGUCGCGCACGAGCUCCGUGACCCCGACGGCCACUUCGUCAGUCUCGUCGCCGCCGUUGACUCGCAGGCCAGCACCUUGCCUCCUCCUGCCGACGCCCUCCGCCACCCAGGAGGUGUGGAGCAUCGCGUCGUCGUCCUCGGUCGUUGCCGCCUGCCGUUGUUCUUCACCGGAUCCGGCAUCACGUCCCCUGAUCCGCUCCCUCCGCCGACGAGCAUCCACCAGGCCACCCCGGCCAGCCUUCGGCCACCUCCAGGUCACGCCGCCGGGCCUCCCUCGCGCCCUCUCUUCCUUUCCCUUCCCCCUCUCUCUGUCUCACCUCUCUCUGUCUCUCUUUGUCAGGGACAGGAACCAGACGAGCCCAGCUGCGGCCUCGCCGGAGAGCUCCCCCGUGCCCGUCCCAUCGCGCCGCGCCUGUCCAGCCUUUGCUCGAGCUCGUCGUCCCCUGCGCCUCAAGUUCCUCCUGCCGGAACCCCAAGUCCGCCUCUGCCCCGCGCCAACUCCUGCGCCCCUGCUUCGUCUCGCUGCGGGAGGAGCAGAGAGCCAGCGCCAAGCCCCUCCUGCGUUGACCCGUUCAAGCGCCAGCGUGGCCAGCCUCCUGGGCCGCAAGCACGCCCGAGGCCCAGAUCUGCGCCGAUUGGGCCACCUCCUCUUAGCUGGGAUAGGCCCAUGGGUGAGCUGCCCACAGCUCCUCUCUGUUGGCCCAAUAGUGCAGCAAGAUUCGGCCCGUAGUGUUUUUUUUCUGCUGCGGUGAUUUUCGCAUUUAUCCAGAGAAUUACAGUUUUACAGAAAACCCCCUGUUCUUCAUGCAUUUAAUAACUAAUAAACCAUGCAUCGGAUUAAAAUAA